AUGAGUUGGCUAGCUCCUGCAUCUUCUUCUUGACUCACAUAACCAGACUGUAUGCAUAUAAUUGCAGCAGAAUACUAAGGUAGAAAUGAUUAAUCAAAUGAUUCAGUUUCCCGGCCAUGCGUCUCUUCUCCCGCCGUUUUAUCCGAACCGUUCCUCCCCUUCUCAAUCUCUGUUUCCGGCCGCGUUCCCUUCCCGCCACCGCAGCGCCGCCGCCCCUACCCACUCCGAAAACCAAGUUCAACUUCGCCGCUGUCCUCCGCUCCCACUCUCACCCCAACCACCUAAAGCAAAUACACGCCUUAAUCCUCACCGCCGGCCUCUCCUUCAAAAACAGCCUCCUCACCCAAAUCCUCCAAGCCCUCUCCCUCUCCGGCGAGAUGUCCUAUGCUCGCAACCUGUUCGACGAAAUGCACAAACCGCGCGUCUUCAUCUGGAACACCCUCAUGAGAGGCUACGUCAAAAGUAACCUAUACUCCGAGGCGCUUGAGAUCUAUCACGAAAUGCAUCGCCUUGGCGUCCUUCCUGAUGAGUUCACGUUCCCUUUUGUACUCAAGGCAUGCACUGGACUGCUCGACGGUUGGGUUGGAAUGGCAGUCCAUGCCAUGGCGGGGAAGCAAGGUCUCGAAUUUAACACCAUUGUGAGUACUGAACUCGUUGUCAUGUAUGUAAAGCUUGGCGAUGCAGAUUGUGCUGAUGAUGUGUUUGAAAGCAUGGGGAAUGGCAGGGAUUUGGUCUCUUGGAAUGCCCUGGUAUCUGCUUACUCUCAAAACGGUCGUGCGGAUAAGGCUAUUGGCCACUUCCGGCGGAUGGAAUCCGCCGGCGUUGAGCCCGAUACGAUAACUCUGGCCUGUAUUCUCUCUUCAUGUGCUUAUCUGGGGUGCCUAGAACUGGGAAGAAAGCUUUAUUUUAGAAUAAAAGUAGGGUUUUUGCCGUCUAACAUCUUCGUGGAGAACGCCCUUCUUGACAUGUUUGCAAAAUGUGGCAGCAUGGAUGAAGCCUGUGAACUGUUUGAUGAAAUGCCUGUAAAAAAUGUGGUGUCUUGGAGCACUGUGAUUGGAGGGUUUGCUAUUAAUGGAGAUAGUCAGAGAGCAUUGUCUGUUUUUGCUCAGAUGCGUGAUGAAGGAAUGCUGCCUAAUGAUGUGACAAUGCUCAAUGUGCUCUCAGCCUGUAGCCACGCAGGGCUGGUUAAGCAGGGAAAGGAACUCUUUUAUAGCAUGGCUAAACCAACAAGAGAGCAUUGUGCUGCCAUGGUCGACCUUCUUGGCCGAUCAGGGCAUCUUGAAGAAGCCUAUAAUUUUAUCCAAAGCAUGCCCAUGGAUCUGGAUGCUGCAGUCUGGGGAGCUCUGCUUAAUGCCUGCAUAAUUCAGCAUAACUCCGAGCUUGGCGAGCUUGCAGCAGAUGAAAUUCUAAAACUGGCCCCUGAGACACCUUCAUACCAGGUUCUUUUAUCGAACAUGUAUGCGGCUUUAGGAAGGUGGAAUGUGGUUGAGAAGAUUAGAGAAUGGAUGAGAUUGAGCAAUUUGAGGAAGGUUGGAGGUUAUAGCUCUGUUGAAUUGGAUGGGGAAGUUAAUGUAUUCUAUGAGGGAUCCCAUGCUCAUUCUAACAAGCUCUAUCAGUCUUUGUGUGAGCUUACCAGCACAGUGAGGGGCAUUGGUUAUAGACCAGUGACAACUUUUGCAUUGCAUGAUGUGGAGGAAGAGGAGAAGGAAGUAGCGCUAAUGAUACAUAGCGAGAGGCUUGCUAUUGUCUUCAGCCUUAUGCAUUCCAACAAUUUGGAGUGUCCCAUAAGAAUUAUGAAGAAUCUAAGGAUAUGCAAUGAUUGCCAUGAAUUCUGCAAGUAUGUAUCUAAGGCAAUGGAGAGGGUAAUCAUAAUUAGAGAUAAGAGCAGGUUUCAUCAUUUUAGAGAUGGCCAAUGUUCUUGCAGGGAGUUCUGGUGACUGAUUUUUUUAUCAAUAGAUUAUAAAAAAUUUUAUUAAAGAAUAGAGGAAUGUACAUACAUACCAUUCAAUAUGUCUAUAUUUAAAUAUAGCACUUCAAACCUUCUGUUUAUUUUUAUUACAGUUAAAAUUCUUUAACAACUCAAAUAUACUACCC